AAGAAAUCGUGUUUUUCUUUGAACUAAAAAAAAUAAUUACCCCUUCUUUCAAUUCAUAAAGGCGAGCCAACAUGUUGCCUUUGGACAGCCAGCGUACUUCUGUAUGGAACUUUGUGAUCAGAAUUGAGAUCCUCGCAAAGUGGGAAUAUUGUUGCUCCUUUGGUGCAUCUCCUGCUCGCACUCUGAAGAUGCCCCAGAAAAAGCUCAAGACAAGAACAACCAAUCAACCAACAAGACUGUCCUCCAAAAGUCGGAGCCUUACCAGAAAGAAGAACCAUCUUUCAUGUCCAAGAUAGCCAGCUGGAUAUUCCCAAAUGCUGCCGAAGACAGGAACGACCUGGUACCUGCAGCUGGUGGGUUUGGAGGGCAGCAGUACCUCCCACCUCCUCCAAAUCAUGGUUACCCAGACAAGGAUUGCAAUCCGUGCAACUUGGAGCCCUGGGUUCCAAUAGUUUCCCAAGGAAGCCAUAAAACUGUUAUCAAUUUUGUGCCACCUAGUGAUUAUCCUAGUCAGAUUUCUAGUAGUUUAGAUUCACUUCAACCUCCUGGGGGUGGUUAUAAGCUUCCUGCUCAGCUGUAUGGACCACCACCCCCACAGUUUAAGCCGAAGCAGCCGGUUGCAGUAGAUUUAGGGAUUGUCGAUUACAUGGUACCUCCUCCAUUAAAAUUUGGAAUUCCUAUGCAACUCUAUGGACCGCCACAAGCAUAUGGGCCUCCGAAACUUGAAUAUGGCCCUCCUAAGCCUCAAUAUGGCCCUCCUAAGCCUCAAUAUGGCCCUCCUAAGCCUCAAUAUGGUCCUCCGAAGCCUCAAUAUGGUCCUCCUAAGCCUCAAUAUGGUCCACCUCCUGCACCACCUAAGCCCCAGUACGGGCCUCCUCCUAAACAGCAAUAUGGUCCUCCCCCUAGACCUCAGUACGGCCCUCCCCAACCUCAUUUCGAACCUGCAACACAGCUCAAUUAUGCUCCUCCAAAGCCACAGUAUGGACCACCUCCAGAGCUUCAAUAUGGCCCUCCUCCGAAACCCCAAUAUGGUCCUCCUCCCCAGCCUCAGUACGGGCCACCGGCUCGUCCACCAAAGCCACAGUAUGGACCUCCAAGAUCAAACUACGGUCCUCCCAAACCCAGCUACGGUCCCCCUCUUCAAACGAACUUUGCACCGCCACCUCCUAACGACUACGGCCCUCCUCCAAAGCCUCAGUAUGGUCCACCACCACAACCUCAACCUGAGUACGGGGCUCCUAUUGGACAUAACGACCUUUCUCCUCCACCAAUCAACCAUAAUGUAAAUAUCCCCACAACUCAUCUACAGCCUGUCCAAGGUGGUGAUAUCCCUCCUGCACAACCAGAAAUUGAAGACCACACAUCAUUCGGAAUUCCUGAAUGGCCAUCAGAUAGCUAUGGGGCACCUGUGACUGGAGAUAAUCUGGAAUAUACCGGCAAUGCAGACGCGCUGCCUUUAGGAAGUGGAGAUACCAACAGUGAGGUUCUUGACAGGCCAAUAGCCCUACCGAAUCUCAGCUCCCGACCAGUAGUGCCUAUCUAUAACUCCAGAGAUUUUAAGCAAGGCGGCUUCUUUUCAAAGAUCUCACAUAGACCCGAUAACGACAACGGAGUAGAGAUCCAAAAAAGUGUCAACGUUGCUGAUUUUGUAGCAUCCAUAGAGCAUCCUAUAAAUGUAGUCCAAAGUCCUAUCGUAGAGGUGUCUGUCAAAGAAGAACGUGGUAUUGAUGAUGAGUAUCAAGAGAGUACAAAUACUAACAUUAGGGAAGAUAAUAAAAACUCCUAUAAUGGAGGACCACCAGUAAACGGUCUUAGCGAAAACAGAGGGGAGAACAUCAAGGACAUCAUUCAACAGAAAGGUGAUCAAGUAAAGCUCAGUGAGCAUCCAAUAGUUGUGGACGAUAUCCAUACAGCCGCAAGCGAUAGAGUCAACAGAACAGUUGAAAACUCAACAACACCUGUUAAACGUACAAAUGAGAAAUAUUUAGCUGUUGCUUCUUUAGACGGCAAUAGUAUAGAACCUCAAAAACCUAAUAACGACGAUAUUGAUAUAAACGCAGAAUUUAUCAAAAAGCUUUUAAUCGAGCAGGGCAUAGUCCAAAAUCCAACACAGCAGGUGCUGGAGAUACAAAAAGUUUCACAAACGCAACGUACUACUAACGCAAAUAACACUUUCACUCCCCCUACAAUUGAUUAUGGCAAGUGGGAGCCGAGCGUGGAUAAGAGCUCAAUACCAACGUCCAUGACCCCACCACCUGCUAACGUUAAGUCUACUUGGUUACAUCCUGUGCAGACUAUUAACGAUGCCAAACCUCUACAAAUCAUUGUACCUUACAUUAAAAAUAGAAACAAUAAUCAGUACAAACCCGACUGGUCUUUGAAGGACAAUCCAAAACUUCCUCCACAACACAAAGAAGUAUACACAACUCUUGUACCAGUGUAUACUCCUCCAGUGUCCACAGAGGAGUCAGUUUGGUCUAAGUUCAUAGAAAGUUUCCAGCUUCCUAAAACCAAGAAGUUCCAAGCAGCAGGGUUCGAAAAACCUACAACGGGCAUCUACAAUGUUAAGGACCUCUUCCCAAAUGACAAAUUGCCUUAUGAAGUGAUAUCGUUGCAGAAGAAUAUCGAUAAAUGGACACACCAAACAUUUUCGAACAGCCCCAAUACUGGAUCUCACACCACUGAUCCAUUACAGACGUCUAAAACUAUACCUGAUGACUAUUUGACAACUGCCAGAAGUCCCAACUUUGAUCACCAAUCUGCUGAAUCUUCCAAGUCAGAGGUUGUGAGUCAAGAUGAGGAUAUAGCUUCUAAUGUUAUACUAGAUACCGAAACGACAACCGCUCAAACUACAACAAGCACCAAAAAAAUUAAAACAGAAACAACGAAUAGUCAAUGGGACAACGCUAGGGUGACGAUGUCACCGCAAACCAAAGAAAAGGUGUACGUUGUCACACCCCAGGCUUACAGCUUGCUUGUACCUACUUCUACUCCCGCUACAGCUUGGAGUAUGGCUCCUAAGGUGGAAAAUGGAACUGUGAACAAUGCAACCUAUGAUACACACAAGUUCACGAUACGGGUCGAGGCGCCAUCUAAGGACGGUAGGAAUUUGAAGAAUUCUGCUGUGAAGGUUGUCUACAGCGAAUGGCCUCAUGUCAUAAACCACCUGCAAACGACUACGCAAAAGCCAACAUCUAGACAUCCUCUAUUUGGCCUGAUGGACGUGUCAGCGUAUACGCCUCCUCUAAACUCAACUGUACAAACAUUUACUGGACAUUCAAGGGUCGUAACAGUUGUGACACCGUCUUCAGUAACUACGAGUAAAACUGAAAUCAAAUCAACUACAAUAAAUUCUACCCCGAAUUCUACAGUGUGAAAAUUAAAAUACUGUACAUAAGACAUAUAUGAUACGUUUGUAUAUGUAUUUCGGAUAUGUAAUAUUUACAUAAAAAGUGCAAUCUGUUCUUGUACAUAUAAGAUAUUAUGUGAGCUGCAGGGUGCUAUGUUAAUGCUUUUGUGACAAGUACUAUAGGCAACUACCAAAAUGGAAGAGAGCAGUAUCAUCAUACGCAUCUUAGAGUCGCGUACGUUAGAUCACAUUACUCUUUUCCAUUUUGGCUGUUGGCUAUAUUACGUAUGUAUAAGCCAGCGAAACAUGUUUUAUAUUUGCCAGUAAAAGUGCAAGUAGUCUGUCAUACUACUACUCAGAAGUAUUAAAAAGUUGUGCGGGUUAUGGACUUUUGUGUAAACAUAUAGUAAAGAAUUUCAUAGCAGCAUGAUAUCACUGUACAUAUUUUAUUAUAGG